UAGUUCACGAACUACACCCAUGAAUACAUCCAUGAACAUUCAACCACAUUAACAUUAAACAUCAACAACAACAUCAAAAUAACUUUCUCUCCUUCUCUUCUCUUCUCUUUCUUCUCUCUCUCAACUCAACCUCUUUUCUUUCUCAUACUCUCUCCCUCAGAUUCUUCCUCUCACACUUUUUCUUCUCUUUCUUCCAUUCUCUUCCUUCUUUAAAAUCACCUGCAUAACAUAACAGACACUGUAUGCCACCCUGCCCCCAUUUGUUUUCUUCUCUCAGUUCUUUCCUCAUCAAAUUUUAAAAGAAACCUGUUCCGUUGAGGGGUUUUCUCUUUCUUCUCUGUUUCAAUGGAGAGGUGUUACAAUGAGAAAUCAUACACGUCCAAGAAAAUAGACCUCACUCUGAAGCUUUCUCCUUGCGGUGAGAAUGCAGAAGAAAGAAGGUUGGCAAGGUCAUCAUCAGUGGAGGGUGAGGCAAGUGGGGUCCAGUGGGGCCCAUAUCUUGGCAGAUCUUGUUCAUUGCCAGAAGAGAAGCAGAGGAGCGUGACCUUACUCUCACCUCAAGUGUUUGCCUUGGUGGCUGCUUCUGCUGUCAAUGCCAAUUCACCCUCAUCACUUCCCCAACUCAAGCCACUCCCAAUUCCUUCUCAGCCUUCGCAGCUUCAUGGUCUGAGACAUUCAGACAAAGGAGUUGCUUUAAAAAUCCAAACUUCAACUGUGAAAGACAAGAAUUCCAUGGUUUCCAAGAAGACCAUGACCAAGAAAAUUUCAGCUAGGCAUGGUGAGACUAAGGUGGAGAAUGAGGCGAAAAGGCAUAAAGUUGGGAACUACUGCAGCCUGAAGGGUGAUGUAAUGGAGAUCCUGAGACAGAUGCCAAGUGUGAGUGCAACUGGAGAUGGCCCUGAUGGGAAGAGAAUAGAAGGGUUUCUCUACAAGUACAGAACUGGUCAAGUGUGCAUUGUUUGUGUCUGCCAUGGUAGUUUCCUCACUCCAGCUGAGUUUGUGAAGCAUGCUGGGGGCAAGGAAGUGGCCAAUCCCAUGAAGCAUAUCACUGUUUUUUCUAACUCAUUUUAGAGUUUGAAUGCAGAGGGAAGUGGAGCAAAGAAACUGUCUUUUGAGUAGUUUAGUUUCCAUGAUUUGAUUAUUGAACAAAUGUGGCCUCCUGGUUCAAAGGAAAUUUCAUCAAAGGUUGUGUGUACUUUUGUUAACCUCUGUCAUACGAGGUAAAGACAAGGGAAUUCUAUGAUUUAGGCCAAAAUUUUCUCCA